CCACCUCCAAGGUCUAAGAAUAGGCCGGUCAAAAUGGACAGCUCUGCUCAAAGACCGAGAGACUCUCCGGCAACAUUUUGAUUUAGUUAAGACUGAAACAACGGUCUUCACCCAAAGAAUUUAUUCUUUAUUUAUUUAUUUUUUUGCAGCUGUGUUUGGUCUGUUUGCAUAUACUCCAGAAUACUAUUCUCUGUGAGAAAGGGAAAGAAAUCAGGCUAGUGAUCACCAUGCAUUUUGUCUAUCCCUCCCAUUGGACCGUGGCUUUUUCGAUCAUGCUAAGCUGUCUUUAGUUGGACAAUUUUUUGUUCUGGGUGAUCGAUUGAAUUCUUGUAAACUGCAUUUUAGCCCCCCCCCCCCCUUUUAACGAUAUAAACUUUAGAUCCAUAAAACUUAAGUAUGAUCAAUGCAAUCAGACAGUAUUUCAUAAUACUUGUUAAGUGCUUACUCCUCUGGUUGAAAGAUGGGAUUAAAAGGCUGGUGGGUGCUAAUCCAGCUGUCAACAGCUGGAUAGCAUCCACGCGUACCCCUCACAGAAGACCAUGUCACGCAGACUCGGAGGCGUGGAGAACGGACGAGGCCCUCCGCAGGUAUCACCGAGAAGACGAAAAUGGAGCCGAGGUUACGAUCCAAACCAGCACGCACGCCUUUCACGUGGACCUCCAAAGGCUUUCAGAGAUCAGCGAGUACUUCAGAGCCUUGUCCCAAUCCAGUAUGAGAGAGACCUCAGAAAGCCUCAUUCGUCUGGAUCAUGUGUCCUCCUCCGUUUUCCACAAUCUCCUUGAGUUCUACUUCAAUCAGGAUUUUAAAGUUCCCCAAGAAGAACUGGGAGCACACAUUCAGGUGGGCAGCUAUCUUCUGGCUGAAGCCUUCGUCUCGAGGUGCCUGGUGGUCCUGGCACGAGAACUCAGUCCAUCUAACUGCUUGUCAUACUUGAACCUCGCUCAGGAGAUUUUUUGCUUAGAGCUGAAGAGCACGGUGUUCACUUAUUUGAGUGGGAACCUGCUGGAGCUGCCACACGUGAUCAGGUGCCUGAGCGCCGAGGAGAGGCAGGAGGUCAUCAGCCUGAGACUGAAAGGAGAGCGCUGCCUGUGCAGCUUCAGGAAAGAAAACCUAACUUCUUGGAACGACCCGGAAACAGAACGUGCCCGGUACAUUUUCACCCUGAAAGGGUCAGAGGACAGUGGGGACUGGCACGCGGCUACAGAGCUUCCCUUCAGGGCUGACAAGUGGUGCUUCACUGCAGCGGUGCUGUACAACUACCUGUAUGUGAUAGGAGGCUACAGGCAGCGUAUGAAGAGAGGCUGGGAGUUCACUAUGGCUUCCUUUAGGUAUAAUCCCUUCAACAAUUCAUGGGUGGCUACAUCACCUCUGAUAAAGCACAGGAGGCACUUCAGCGCAGUGGCCUGUGAAGGUUUUAUUUACGCGGUUGGAGGCUGGUAUUUGGAUUCUCUGGUGACUCCAGACUCCAGCACAGCUCUGUACACAGCUGUGGAGCGCUACGAUCCAUGGGAAGACACGUGGAGGUUUGUUUCCUCAUUGCCACUCACUGACUUCCAGUUCACCAUGUCCUUGUCCCACGAUGUCCCCCUCAGUACCAGCCUUGGACAGUGUAUCUAUGUGCUGGGGAGCAUCCAGAGGACAGGCGAGAAAUUACUGCUGCAGUACAACACAAAGCAAGACUCCUGGUCUGAACUACUUCCCACCCUGACAAGAGCCGACGUAGACCUUCCGACGCUCUACUUCCUGAGGGGCGCUGACAAGCUGCUCGUGAUUGGUGGGAACAACUCGGGCAAUGUGGUGACGUCAUUCUGUGUGAAAUCCAAAACAUGGGGGCAGAUCCACAGAACAGACAAAGUGUCGUAUGCCGGACAGGGGACACUUGCCGGCGACCAGCUCCUGAUACCCAGUAUAGAGCACAACACGGUCAUAAGUCUGGAUCUCCAAACCUUAACCACCAGGAUGCUCCCAGCUUUACCUGUCCCCACCCGCUAUGAGGCUAUCUUUUACCUUUACUUUUAACAUUACAGCUCACUGGUUUACUUAUAGCACGGUAUGGGCCUGUGUUUGAGAAUUAGUAUUUUAAAUCCUUUAAAUCAAGCAGAUUUUUUUUUUUUCUUAGGGUACCUUGGCAGCUGAACCUUUUUGAGUAUGUUGCCCCCCUUCUACCCUUGGCAGAGUCUCUCAUCUCAGCAAAAAUGUUUAGGUAUUUCCUUUGGGAUUUGUUGGGAUCUGUUGUCUUUUUUUCAGAGGUCACCAAUGAAGCAGAGACUCGUUUCAGGUUGUGGAGGUGUGGCCGAUCUGAGUGUCUCUCUUUCUCGCUCCAGGCUGAGCCACCGAUGCACCUGAGAACCCCCAGGAUUCUGUUGUGUGUAACUUUAUAGCAAUUUAAUUCAAAUUAUGUUCCAAUUUUAUUUCCAGAACAUUUAUUAUUAUGGUUGUGUUGUUGUAACUGCAACACAUUUUUCUUUUCCUUUCUUUUUUUUGGGGGGGGGAGUUAACCCGGCUUGGGACACUGAAGGGUGUGCGUGGCUAAAAAAGUUUGGGAACUGCUGCCUUAGUCUCAUGUCAUUGCUUUUGAUGUACUUUGUGUCAGCAGUGGUUGGUGUUAAAACGCUUUAUAAAUAAAGUUGAUGACGAGAUGGGGACA